CGACAGUACGGCAGAGUCUUCAUGGCUAUGGCUUACCCUCUACAACCCUAAAAUGGUCGUUACUGCUGGUCAUGAAGAGGAAGCAGAGAAUUGAAGGAGAAUUUAUCGAUUGAAUUAGAGUUCGGGUUUAGUAUCAACAUGAUGGACAUGGUGUCAUCGACAUCGUCCGCAUGGGCGGAAAGCAGUAGUGGUUCUGCGGACUUGGUGUUGGUCACAAGGCCACCCGCAUUCGGUCUUCCUACGGCAUGUCCUGCUUGUCUGCCUGCGUACUUGUACCUGCGGCUGGCUGGGGCUCGGUUCGAUGUACAUGUGACUGCCGUUGAGCCGGAUUCAGAAGAUUUGCCAUCAGUGGAGUAUGGAGAGAAUGUAGGAUUUGCGAGCGAGAACGGUGGAGUUGUAGAGUUUUUGCGGGAGGAGAAAAUCGUUGAUUUAGAUGCGGGGCUGAAUGAGAGAGAGAGAGCUGAGCUGGAGACUUGCAAGGCGAUGAUGCAGUCUUGGGUCGCGGAUGCCAGUGCGUACGAAGUGUGGAUGCGGGAUAACAGUAGGCAAUGUAAGACGGUGUAUUUUUCUGAAUUGCCGUGGGGACUCGUUCAAGCGCUGGACUGGAAGCAGCGGCUUGCUGUUAUGCAGCGUUUGGAAAUCACCCCUGAGAAUACGAUGACUAGGACGGAGGAGCUGUAUAAGAAGGCCAGUAAUGCUUAUUCUGCCCUCUCUAUUCUUUUGAGUGACCAGAAGUAUUUUUUCAAUGAUCGUCCGACUAGCCUUGAUGCUCUUGUGCUCGGUCACCUCCUUUUCCACCUUCGAGUGCCACUUGAGGUUUCCACAUUGAAGGAAGCAAUUCUGAAGUACCAAAAUUUGGUGGAUUACGCGGAACAUUGGAGUAAAUAUCUGCUAGGAGAGGAGGGGAAUUCUAUCGAUUCCUCCUUUCGUCCGAAGACACCUCAUUCUUCCCAUGCGAGUCCACCGAGGCAAGGACCGAAGGAGAGAGACAAUCCAGAAAAGGAGAGGAGGGAGAAGGAUAUUUUCUUCAAGAAACGGGCUAAGUAUUUCGUGAUAGCGCAGGUGACUGCUGUGUUGAUGUAUGUCGUUUUCGCCGGAUAUGGAGUUGAUGAUGAUGGUGAAGACGAUGGAGGCGAUGACGAUGAUUAAGAGUUAUAUUUGAGGUGGAUGAUUGUUUGGGCUCCUAUUGCUUUGACUUCAGGAUCACUGUUAGCAGCACGCUUCUCGUCAGAGCUCUUCGAAAGCACCAUCUCCCUCUUCCAGUUUUGACAUAAUUCCUAUUCAUGCCUUGGAAUCUUGAUUAGACAUCGGUCUUAUAUAGUUCCGGUAUCAAUAAUUCACUGCUUUUCCUACCAAACAGACAUGUCGAAGACGACCACCUGUUAUCUGGUGCUGUAUUGUCUGAUGUUUAUGGACUCAGGAAGAGAAUAUGGACAUUUUACUGUGGAUUGGAAACCAUUUUGUGCUGUUUGGCAGAACGUUGGUUUCUGCACAAUUUCCCGAAUUUCACAAACGAUAUUGCUUGCCUGUUA